AUGAAAUUGGUAACGGGUGUGGACAAAGGCAUCCGCUUCAUCGAAGGAGACUCAUCAACUGGCGGCAUCGUGCCUGCGCUGGUGCUUGAUACGAAGAAAGCGCCGUUCUUCAACGAGGGCAGAUUAAUGGACUUUGUUGCCGAGUUAUACACAUCGGAUUCGAAAGCUUCCAUCCCGCAACUGGAUGCGAAAGAAUUUCAGAAAUUUCGGCGUUCGGUAGAACCUUUAAUACGUAACCUUCGACUGGUGCGGAUGAAUAGCACCAAAACGUUUAUUGCUUCUUAUUUAUCGAAUCGGCCAGUUAGCAGUAUCAUGUACGUUUUGCUUUAA